AACCUUCAACCCAGAGCCCUUCGGGCUUUUCUUCAGUCUCGUCCGGAGAGCAGUAGAGUGGCAUGGAGGACCCCAAAAGCCCCGUGAAAGUGGUCAAAUCUUCCCGCUCGUGCGGGGGCAAGACGCCGUCCUCCAAACCCCAGUGGGAGAGCGCCAAAGUCCCGAGCCGAAGCAAGGACGCCGUCCCCAGGGUGAAAGAGGAGAUCCAGGGCGGCCCCAGCGCUUUCAGGACCCGCACCGGCAGCCCUCAGGAGCCGGGGAAGGGCAAAGCCCGCAGGCUGACAGGCAGAACUAACUCUGGCGAGAGGGGGAAAGGGAAGCCCCAGCCGAGUGAAGGCCGUCAGCAAAACCAGGAGAACAAAACUCCGGUUCGAAACAGUGGACCGGUCAAAGAUGGAGGAGCAGCACCGCUGACCAGUACAGCAGAGGAGAUCUCAACACACGACAACACCAUCACCGCUAAAGACAAGAUACCCGGUGUGGAGGCGGGCAGACAGAGAGGCAAGGUCACAGCAGAGGUUGUGGAGGUUGGAAUCCUGACCUCUGACCAGCAGCUGGGACUCAAACAGGCAGAGGAGAGACUGCAGAGGGACUACAUCCACCGGCUGCUCAAGCCGUCACCGGAGUACCCGAAUUUCCAGUAUCUAUGCAAACUGUGUUCAGUCCACGUGGAAAACAUCCAGGGUGCUCACAAGCACAUUAAAGAGAAACGUCACAAGAAGAACAUCAUGGAGAAGCAGGAGGAGAAUGAGUUGCGAGCGCUGCCGGGUCCCUCUCCGGCCCAGUUGAGGGUGCUAGACUCGGCCGUGCUGGAAGCGGCAGAGGUGCAUGGCAUCUCGGAGGAAGACUUCGCGCUGAGGCAAGCCGUGGUGCUCAGGAUGGAGGGGAUUAUACUCAAACAACUCACAGCGUGCUCUCUCCAUCUGUACGGCUCCUGUCUCACCCGCUUCGCCUUCAAAACGAGUGACGUCAACAUCGACGUCUCUUAUCCCUCCUCUAUGACUCGGCCUGAUGUGCUGAUCCAGGUGCUGGAGAUCCUCAAGAACAGCGGUAAGUUUCACUUUAAUUCAACCACAAACCAUUAUAAUCCUACACUACGUUUAAAUGGACUGGUCAAUCAGUUUGUUGUUGUCUGA